AUGUACAAAAGAAUUCAUGGUAUUAAACCAAAAGUAAAAUUUGGUAUUUCACCGUUUGGUAUAUGGAAAAAUGGUGUACCACAAAGUAUUCAUGGUCUUUCAUCUUAUAAUACUUUAUAUUGUGAUAGUCGUAUGUGGUUAGAACAAGGCUUAGUCGAGUAUAUGGCACCGCAACUCUAUUGGCAAAUUGAUCCACCAGCACGAUCAUAUCUCGCUCUUCUUAAUUGGCGGAUACAACAAUCAGCGAAAGGUCGUCAUGUUUAUCCUGGUACUGCAGUUUAUCGACUUCCACGAACUGGUUCCAAUUGGUCAGUUACUGAAAUCGUUCGACAAAUUAAUAUAACUCGAUCAAUGCGUGAACAUUUAGCACUUGGAAAUGUAUUUUAUUCGGUAAAACAAAUAAUGCAAAAUGUCAAGGGCAUUCAAACUGAGCUUACAGAACUUUGUAAACAAAAAGCUACGAUUCCGAAAAUGGAUUAA